AUUCCUUUUUUCGUUUUCGAUUUCGUGACAACCUAACCAAGCUUUGUGCACAGCAAACGUCGACCUUCCUCGGUUUGACUAGUUGCAAAUGGCCGCUGGUCUGCGGGGAAUCUCGUCGAAAUUCGACGCACAAUCGCCGUACCGGAGCGGGUGGACCGCCAAAUCGUCCGCGGAUUAAUCGUCCGGGCCGAACGGGCUCGCUUUUCCGACAGCGAGAUAUUUCCCAGCUUUUCCAGUCGCGAUUUCUCCGCGAAAUUAGGUUAGCGGAUAAAUAACCUACAACUUCUCGACGACCGCCAAAAACAAAUGCCCGCUUCCGGCGCGGCGACGGACGCGGCAAAUUCGAAAAUCGAAUAAGCUGAAUUGAUUUUAUUGGUAAUUGUUGAGUAAUGGCAAGGUUGAACGUGGCAACAUUGAAUGUUUAUAGCGCAACUACUCGGCGGAGAAUUGACAACGCUGGAGAGAUUGUCAAAUUGAUGACAUAUCACUGGAUGGUAGGAAUAAGUGGGGUUAUUUGAAUUUAACGGAAAAUAAAUAGAUAAUCACUCCCAAAUCCAGUGAAAGUCCUUGUGGACUCUGACCAUGCAGCAAAAUGAGCACCUUCUCGGGAAAAAUUCAAGAAAUCCCCUACAUCAGCGUGGAUCGCUUCGACGGCGAGAACCUCGAAUCUCAAGCGUAUUUUCUAUCGCAUUGCCACUCAGACCACAUGAGAGGCUUGACGAACAAAUUCGUCAACGAGCAAUUAGUAGAAAACAGUAAAUACUUGUACGCCUCGCGCGUCACCUGCGCGAUACUGAAAAAGAACUAUCCCAACAUCGAAAGCAAUCUGAAAGAAUUGGACGUGAACGUCUCGUACAUCAUUUCGCUAGAUAACAACACCUUUACGACGACACUGAUCCCGGCCGGCCACUGUCCCGGAUCGGUGAUGUUUCUAUUCGAAUCCCACUCCACAGUCCUGUACACCGGCGACUACAGAAUACACAAAAACGACCUGCGGAAAUUCAACGUUUUCCGCGGCAAAACCGUCGACGCCGUCUACCUGGACACCACCUUCUUCCUCGAGGAGUACCCGGCCUUCCCCGCCCGCCGGGACAGCCUGCGCGAGCUCGUCCGCAUCGCCAGAGACUGGCUCGAUCGCGGCCAAAACCACCACGUCAAUCUCAUCGUAUGCGCCAAUUACGGCUACGAGCACCUCAUCCGAGGCAUCUCCUCGGAGCUGAAGACGCCGGUGCACGUCAACCAGGCCGCGUUCGAAUUCUACUCGCUGAUACCCGAAUUGGACCGGUCGGUCACGCGAGACGCCCGCGCCACUCGCCUGCACUCCAAAUGCCGCGGCUUCAGGGAGCCCGUUUGCGUCGAGGAUCAACCAAACUGCGCGGUUAAAUCUAUAAAGAUAUCGGCGUGGCAGUGGAGAGGAGAAGCCCUCGCCGGGGGGAUAUCGUCGCUCGACGAUGACGGCCUGCACCGGCUGUGCUACUCGACCCACGCUUCCUACGAGGAAGGCGUCGCUUUGAUCGAGUUCCUCCGGCCGAAGAGGAUCGAAGCGAACGUGGAGCGCGGCGAGCCGCAGGCGGACAAGGCGAUGCGGGAGUUGAUAGAGCGGCAUUUGGGGAUGAUCGGGGGCGGCGAGGAGGAGGAGGAGCGGGCGGAAGAGGCGCCGAAAUUAUUCGAGUUGGGGGGCAAGCGAGGGAAGCGCGAAAGGGAGCAGAGCUUCGGGUCGAGCUCCGAUGAGGAGGCGUUCGAGAUGCCCAAGAGGCAUACUUGGUGGAAUGGAGGCGGAUAAUUGAUUGUUUUAUAACUUUAUUGUGAAUUAUGCUGGUAAUUUAAGAAUGCUUAAAGCGUGUAAGGGAGAUUUUAGAAUUUACUUACACUGUGAUAUUUUAUACAAUUUUUAAAAUUGUUUAUUUUUAAUAAAAUAUAUACUAAAUAAUUUGUACAACAAAACUUAAGCGGAUAAUUAAAAAAAAGUGUCUUAAGUCGAAUAAAUAUUUACUUAUAUUAUCGAUAUUUAAUAAAAUUACUUAAACUAAUUCUAAAGGCCACUUUUGGUUUUUUUUUCAAUUCUAAUAAAUGCUUCGAUACUCUCCAAAUACUUAAAAGAAAUCUAAAUUAUUUAAGUAGAUAACGUUAAUAAAGUUUAAACGAAAAUUAUCACAACUCAUAUUUUCUCUAUAAAAAAAAAAUUUCAUAUGUAUCGUUAUCGAGGGUGUUCUAAUACAUAAUCCCCCGAAAAUAAAGAACACCUUUACCUAUCGAACACCCUGUAUGAAAGAUCACAAAACGUAACGCAACCGACAAUCAACAUAGCAUGAACAAAAGGUAACUAUAGCACAUCAAUAAAUUAAUUAUCACUUAACAAAUAAUACGCAUUUUUGAUCCUUAUCCUUAUUGAUACGGCGUCCUCGGAUUGACAUUGAUCAUUUCGCUAGUGCUUAAAAAAAAAAAGAAACAACUGUUUGUUCAAACAAUUCCCAGCCAUCUCCAAUCAACUCACCUUUUUCCGCAUUUGAUGUGAAUAAACAACAAAGCGAUGCCCAACAGAAGGCACACGCACCCAACGACGAUGUAAGCGAUCCCCAGGAACGGAUUCUUCCCGCCCAGCAACGAGGUGGUACUCAAUAUCAUCCUCUUCGAGCCGCUAAAAGUACUAACGUCGUAACCUGGAAUAAAACGACAACGUUCGAAAAGAAUUCCAUCAUCUCGUGCGAGCGGCUACUCAACUGUAAUUGACCGUCAAGAUGUACUGGCCGCUCCGCAGGCCCUUGUUGUACCCGUCCUGGUCGUGAUCGAUCCUGCGGUAGAGCUUCCUGAACGUCGGCAACGCCGCCGUUCGCAUCCACACGAUGAAAUCCUCGUUCUGGAAGCCGUUGUUCUCGUCGUCGUCGGGAUCCAGCUCCCACACGUCCUUCUUCCACGCCUUCGGCCUGGCGAACUUGCUGAAAACGUCUUUCAAGUUCCCGUCGGGAUUCUUGAAUUUGAUCUUCUUGUCCGAUUCCCAGGCUAUGCCCUUUUUCAGCAACGGCACGUCGGACGUG